AUGCGGUCGGGUGCCCUCGCAGCGCGGCCCACUGACAAGGAACUUGACAAGGGACGCGUUGAGAAGACCACAGUCCGCAGAUACCGCGCAGGCCAGGCGCCAGCAUGGGCCGAGCAGCAGCAGCACCAGCAGCAGGCGCUCGCCGCAGCAUCCACUGCUGCGGCGGCGCGCGCAGACGCGCUCGCCGUGCAGGUGCAGCGCACGGCGAUCGCGGCCCCUGUGAUCCUGAAGCGCGGGGAUGAUCCGCGGCUGGCGCGGCUGGCGCAGCGGCAGGUUCGGGGCCCGGAGAUCGUGCGUCGGCGGCAGCGGACGCCCGACGACGAGGAUGAGGAUCAGCAGCAGCAGCGGGACGAGGUCGGGGACGAGGAGGCAGGCGCGGCUCCCCGGCGGCGGCACAGGGAGACUAGCAGCGGCGGGGAUGGGGAGGGAGGGGACGAGGAGGAGGAUGAGGAGGAGGGCGAGGAGGGUCAGGAGCGGGAGGCAGACGAGGAUGCGGAUGAGGUGCAGCGGCGGCGAGAGGCCAUAAGGGAGCG